CAUUGGAAGGAGCUGUCUGCAGCUUUCAGUGCUGUACUGAGCAUGUCCCAGUAGAGCACUGUGCAAGCAGCAUAUUAUGCAAAAAGGCAGCUCUAGCAGAUGGGGGAGAGGCACAGCAAGCAUUUGCGUCGCUUGCAUCACCACCGCCUGAAAACAAACCUGGAUUGCUAGAAAGGAGCUCGCCGACAGGCCAAGUGAAUGAAAUCCAGCAGCAUGGCUUGAUUUCUGAAGGGGUUGGAUUGCUAAAAAUCAUGGGGAACCAAGAUGGGAAGAUAAAGAAAAAUUCAGGUGAUGUAUGUGAAGGAGGAGAGGAUGCGUCUGGGCCCAAGGAUACAGAAGGCACAAAGAAGGGAGCAGGAAGCAAAAAAGGACUGGGGAAGCAUGGUAAAGGAAGUGAAUCUGGCAAAAAGAAGGGUAAGUCAGACUCUCGGGCCUCAGUGUUUUCAAAUCUGAGGAUCAGAAAAAAUCUGUCCAAGGCUAAAGAUGGGACCAGUAGUUCAAGGGAGGAUGUUUUAGAAAGCCAGGCCUUGCAUACAGGGGAGCUGGACAGUGCUCAUUCAAUUAUUAACAAAACUCCGGAUAUAAGCAUUUCUGCAGAUGAAGCGGGUCUCUCGGACACAGAUGUUGAGCAUUUUGAAAUUACAAAUGAAACUCGCCCAGCUGCUGCAGAGGCACAGGAUGGACAAAGGACCAGCUCUGGCUCUGAUACAGAUAUAUACAGUUUCCAUUCAGCCACAGAACAAGAGGAUUUGCUUUCUGAUAUCCAGCAAGCUAUUAGACUGCAGCAGCAGCAGGGGGCAAUUAACAUUGGAACUGAGGAGCAGGUCACCAAAACAAUGGAUCCACACAUGGCUAAUUCUCAAGCAGCCCCCUUAGAUCUUGAACGGUUUCUUUCAGUGACUAGCAGUGACAAAGAGAGUAGCCCAGAAACUGAGCUGGCUGUCUCAGCAAUAUCUGAAAUUACAGAAACCAUUCCCCACAGUGAAAUUGAAAGUGAACUGAAAGAUACAGCAAAUGUAACAGCGUAUCCUGGUAACCAUUUAUUUGAAACACAAGAACACAAGCUAUGGACUGCUGAACAGGAACAUCUUGAGGCUGAAGUGAAUGCUGUAGCUAGUGAACUCAAGGAUUAUCCACAUUUAAAUGCAGCAGUGGCAGAAAAUGGGUCUCACAUAGACAGUUCUGCAUUCCAUUUUCUGUUCCCAGCAGCAGAUUCGGAGACUGAAAUUAGUGAAGUACAAGCUGUUGAUUUCCCAGGUUCUGGAAGAGAUGAUGAUUUUUCAGAUGCAGGCCAUGAUCAUGCUGCUGAGACUCAGGAAGGCAAAUGCAGUUUAUCAGCCAGCCAAGAGGCACUGGAGAGUGGUUUUUCUACUGAAAUGAAAAAUGGCACUUUGUCAUCUGGGGAGAUAGUGGAAAGUCCUCAGCUCAGUUCCCGAUGCUUUAAGCCAUACCUAAUUAACCCAUGUUACAUCAAAACCACAACUAGGCAGCUGAGUUCUCCCAGUCAGUCACCUUCUCUUUCCCCAUCCCAGAGCCCACUUUUUAAGAGACGACACGAGUCCUUCCACAGAAAAGAGAAGGAAUCAAUCAAGAAGCAAAGGUCCGUCAGUUUGGCUGGUUAUUUCAGUCGAUCAGCAGACUGGACAGAAGAGCUAUCUGAUCACAAAGGUGAAAUAUCUAAAAAGGUUGGCUCUGCAGACUUACUGGAGUACAGGAGGUCCAGGGAGAGAUUGCAAGAAGAAAGAGAGCCUUUGACUCACUCAAGGAAGUCCUCAGGGGUCCAGGCUUCUACUGAUAACUUUCCCAAUGUCUUUACAGGACGAACUCUCCUGGAAAAACUGUUCAGCCAGCAGGAGAAUGCCCCACAGGAAGAAGCAGAAAAGCUGUGUUCUAGGAUCAUUGCAAUGGGGCUCCUACUUCCUUUCAGCGAUUGUUUCAGAGAACCAUGUAAUCAGAGUGCGCAUCAGAGCACACCCACGUUUGAUCAAGACCAGCUUUAUACUUGGGCUGCAGUUAGCCAACCCACACAUUCAUUGGAUUACAUCGAAGGGAGGCUUCCAAGGAGAAUUCCAUCCGUGUGGCCACCACCCAAGCCUCCCGACGAGGAGCAAAAACUCAAACAUAUGGAAGCAGAGUUUGAAGCAACUAUCUUGGAAACACAGAAACAAUACAUAGAGGAUGUUCAGCGGGUACAGGAUGAUUUCGAGUUGAAAUCUGAGGAGCGUGCUAAUGUAAUUCAGCAGCUGGAACAAACCAUCGAGGAUCUGAGGACCAAAAUUGCAGAACUGGAGAAACAGUUCCCAGCCCCAACGGAGGCACAGAUUCCUUGCAGAGACCAAGAGAGUGAGAGUGGACACCCAGUUUGUGGGGAACGUGGUAAUGUGGAUCUUCAAACAGAUGAAGAGAAUGUUCUACCCAAAACAGUUUUACAAGUAAAAUCAGUACAAACUUCACCAGUAGAAGAUAGUUUUACACACUCAAAGCCUUCAGCCAACGCACUGCCACAGUCUCCUCCCCACCUGGAAGGGGAUAAAAUUGAACUGCCAUCUCAGCCAUUGCCAACUUUUGAACUACAUCCCACAUAUUGUUCUGAAGUAUCUUUAAUUCUGUCACCAAAACUAAUCUCGACGCAGCUCGAUGAAAGCCAGUCCACAGAAAGUACAUCACAGCCACCUCGUGCAGGACCUGACACGGAUCUAUCCUCUUCUUUGUUUCAAGAAGCGACUGUAUCGCCAGCUCCCCAUCAGUCUCGAAGUACUGAGAGUGUGACUUGCAGUGAUUGUUUCCCUUCUGUAUCCUCUGAACCCACUUGUAGCAUCCCACCCCCACUGCCUGGCACAGAACUAUCUGUUCCCCUGCCUGGAGCAGGACGCUCUUCCUUCACAUCACACUUGCCUGGUGCAGGUGUCCCAUCCCCACCACCUUUGCCUGGUUCAGGACUUUUCUUGCCUUUGGCUGGCACAGCAGUGCCACCCCUGGGCUCCUCGUUGCCUGGCAUAAUUAUGCCACCUCCUCUACCCCCACCUUUGCCUGAUGGAGCGAUGCCACUGCCUCCCGCUCCCCCAUUUCUUCCAUGUGCGGGAAUCCCACCUCCGGCCCCUCCUCUGCCUGGGGCAGGAAUACCUCCGGCCCCUCCUCUGCCUGGGGUGGGAAUGCCCCCCCCUCCCCCGCCCCCUCCUUUGCCUAGUGCAAGAAUCCCAUGCCCACCUCCUUUGCCUGGUAUGGGAAUGCCUCCCCCACCCUCACCCCCUCCUCUGCCUGGUGCAAGUAUCCCAUGCCCACCUCCUUUGCCUGGUGCAGGAAUGCCGCCCCCUCCCCCACCACUGCCUGGUGCAGGAAUGCCGCCCCCUCCCCCACCACUGCCUGGUGCAGGAAUGCCGCCCCCUCCCCCACCACUGCCUGGUGCAAGUAUCCCAUGCCCACCUCCUUUGCCUGGUGUAGGAAUGCCGCCCCCUCCCCCACCACUGCCUGGUGUAGGAAUGCCGCCCCCUCCCCCACCACUGCCUGGUGUAGGAAUGCCGCCCCCUCCCCCACCACUGCCUGGUGUAGGAAUGCCGCCCCCUGCCCCUCCGCCGCCACCACCUGGGGCAGCUCUUUCUCUUCCACCACCAGCCCAGGGAGGCUUCUUGCCAACUUUUGGCCUUCCACAAGUCUGUGGGGUUCUUCCUCCUCCAUUACCAGUCGGUUUAUUUGUACUGGGGAUGAAUCAGGAUAAAGGGAGCAGGAAACAUGCAAUAGAACCUUCUCGACCCAUGAAGCCUCUUUAUUGGACAAGAAUUCAGCUUCAUAGUAAAAGAGAUUCUAAUGCUUCACUUGUGUGGGAAAAAAUUGAAGAGCCUUCUAUAGAUUAUCAUGAGUUUGAAGAACUGUUUUCCAAAACAGCUGUUAAAGAGAGGAAGAAACCAAUUUCAGACACCAUCACAAAGACAAAGGCUAAACAAGUUGUCAAGUUAUUAAGCAACAAAAGAUCUCAGGCAGUUGGAAUACUAAUGUCCAGUCUUCAUUUAGAUAUGAAAGACAUCCAGCACGCUGUUGUGAACUUGGACAACUCUGUGGUUGACCUAGAGACCCUUCAAGCCCUCUAUGAGAAUAGAGCACAAUCAGAUGAACUGGAAAAAAUAGAAAAGCACGGCAAAUCAUCGAAAGAGAGGGAGAAUGCCAAAUCUUUGGACAAACCUGAACAGUUUCUUUAUGAACUCUCACUAAUCCCCAACUUUUCAGAACGAGUAUUUUGUAUCCUGUUCCAAUCAACAUUUUCAGAAACCAUUUGCUCUAUCCAUCGCAAACUUGAAUUGCUACAGAAACUGUGUGAGACUUUGAAAAGUGGGUCAGGAGUUAUGCAGGUUCUGGGUUUGGUUCUCGCAUUUGGAAAUUACAUGAAUGGUGGAAACAGGACACGGGGACAGGCAGAUGGGUUUGGAUUGGACAUUCUUCCAAAGCUGAAAGAUGUUAAGAGCAGUGAUAAUAGCAGAAGUCUUCUAUCAUAUAUUGUCUCAUAUUAUUUGCGUAAUUUUGAUGAGGAUGCUGGAAAAGAGCAAUGCAUCUUUCCUCUUCCAGAGCCACAGGACCUCUUUCAGGCUUCACAAAUGAAAUUUGAAGACUUUCAAAAAGAUCUUCGCAAACUAAAAAAAGAUUUGCGAGCAUGCGAGACAGAAGCGGGGAAAGUUUAUCAGGUAUCGCUAGAAGAGCACAUCCAGCCUUUCAAAGACAGCAUGGAGCAAUUCAUUAAUCAAGCUAAAAUCGACCAAGAAAAUGAAGAGAAGUCACUGACAGAAGCACAUAAAAGCUUUUUGGAAACUGCAGCCUAUUUCUGUAUGAAACCAAAAAUGGGAGAGAAGGAAGUGUCACCUCAUGCUUUCUUCAGUAUUUGGCAUGAAUUCAGUUCUGACUUCAAAGACCUCUGGAAGAAGGAAAACAAACUUAUUCUGCAAGAAAAAGUUAAAGAAGCAGAGGAAGUGUGCAGACAGAAAAAGGGGAAAUCGCUUUAUAAUAUAAAGCCAAGACAUGAUUCUGGAAUAAAAGCAAAGAUAAGUAUGAAGAUCUGAGAGAAGAAAAGCAAAACCCAUUGCCACUCGAUCAGUAAAACUCAACGUGUCUGUUGGGGGCGGGAAAGGAAACUACAUCAUUCAGAUCAUUUGUUUUCUUCUUGGCCUUUCAAAUUUGCUUUUUGUUCUCUAGAGUUUCUCACUGAUAGAAUGUGUAGUGUACAUUCAUGAAUGAAUGUGACCACUGUAAUGGAGUGCCCAGCAAUAGACUAGUUAUGGACAUGAGACAAGUUCCCUAUAUCCCAUGCCUCAUUCUCCACCCAAACACUGGCAUUUUGUAAAGUUUAUGGUAUAAUACCAGUAGACCAAACCAGCAUGCCUAAGAGGCAGCAUCUGCAUCAGUUCUGAACAUGCUGAAAAUUCUAUUUAAAGUUGAACUUCACAAGAAUGCUACUUGAUACAGUAACAUAUUUCCAUUCCUACUGGCAACAUCUGUCUAACACAAAUACUCCAUGGCACUGCAUUUAGAUUAGGGAAAGAAAUGUUACUUCUAGUGAAUUGUUUGUAUCCGUUUCACGUCGACAUUUGUCGUUUGUAUUUUGAAUCGUUAAGUGCUGUUUAUAAAGUAUAAUCAAUGCUUUCUCAACUUGUUUGGUUGCCCUCCAUGACUAAAUAUUUGUGGAACAAGAUGUUUACCGUAACUAUCUUUAAAAUCGAUAAGGCAGCAUACUUUUUCUUCAUCUUUUGCCAGAUAGUGAGUAGUGGGAGGGGGAGUUGGAAAACCUGAACCAAAAACAUUUAAGUGAAAAGCAGUAAACACAGAAAAUCACAGGAGUACUUCAGAGCAUAAAAGAGAAACUUAGGCACUUUAGCUUGCUAACAUGUAAAGCAGCUCAUUUGUAUACAGAAAAACUUAAGGGGUAUUACAGUUAUAUUGCUGAUUAUUUGAGUGAUACAAGAUUCUCAGGACUACCAUGUUGCUAGCCAGACUUCCUUUUUGAAUUAUCUUUUCAAUUAAUUUAAGACUCCCUUUAUCAGGGAUAUUAAAAGAUCUAUCUAGGGAUUGGCAUUCGAGAAUUACAGUAGUCAACUCUCGGGACAAAACAAAGGCUAUUGACUAAUUCAUGUCAAUUUCACAUUUAACAUCAGAGUCAUAACAUUUUCUCUCUAAGUAGUCCAUACCAUUGGCUAGGAGGCAAUGGAAAUCUGUGACUAUGCUUUCCUUUUUAAUCCACAUGAUUGAUUUCUAUUUGUGAUCUGGAAAUUAACCUAAGGAUUUCUCAGUUUUGAUUUGUUGAGCCAAUAAAGACCCUCUGCCCUAGAUAUAACUACUGAGCCCAACAUGAAUUGGCCUUGUAACUGUUCUCUUCCAAAGCACUAUUUUCUUGGAAACAGCAAUGUGUGGAAUGAAUUGGGUUCACAUGCUCACAAUCUCUUAGCAUUGAAGACACUAGCAGCAUAAACUUCUGAGUGGCUUGAGGUUUAACCUGCUGGGGUGGAUUAUUCCCUGUCUAGCCUAGUAUAUCAUAAGACAUUCCUGGUGGUCCAGAGGCAAAUGUACUGUACCAGGUGUCAUAAGGGCAAUGUAAAAUACAACCGCAGGAAUCCAUUGUUCUUCACGUAUGCUAAGCACUAGAAAAGAUGUUCUUCACUUGUGUGAAAAAUAAGUCUCCUGUAGCUUGAUAAAACUAUGUGAAAUUCUGUGUUCACGAUAAUUUCUGGCAAGAAUAUGAUUACCGAGAAUUGAGUUCUAAAAUCAUGUGGUGGUGGGAGUAAUGUUACUUCUUGCAAAAGGGAAAAGAGAUUAUUUGCUGUUUAUGAGUAACCUAUGGAAAGUAACUUAAAAAUAAAGUUUAUUUUAAUGGCACUGAUUCAAACCCAUGUUUGUAUUUAUGUAAACUAUAGUCUUUUGCUCUUAACUUUUGCAUUUAUUUUUAUUUACGUGCAAGGAUACAGUCGCAUGUUUUGGUUUUGUAGCCUUCCUGUUCCCUUCAGUACCUCCAGUAUGUAUAUGACCAUACUAAAUGAAUAAUAGGAUAUCUAACAGAGAUCGCUAUGUGCAAUACUGUAUUUAGUGUUUCUACUUCAAUUUUUUUAGAAUGUUAAUUUAUAUGAAAAUAAAAGGAAUAAUGAAACGAAA